UCCCCAAAUAACAUUACGGUCGCCAUUUUUUGUGCCCUUGUGGAGGAGUCUGUAGCCGUCAGAUAUACGCUGGACGAAGAGUUUACAUGCAAACCCUCCGGUAAGCAAAGCUACGUCUACAAAUAUGGCCGCAUCGGCGAUCACAGGGUUAUCAUUGCCGAACCAGUUGAGAUGGGAGCCGUCAAUGCAGCACACUGCGCUGCACAUGUCAGUCAGCAAUUCCCCAACGUCCGCCUUGCCUUAAUGGUUGGCAUCGGCGCGGGCAUUCCCAGCAACCAACUCGACAUCCGCCUUGGAGAUAUUGCUAUAAGCGUUCCUCGAGACGACCAACCCGGUGUUCUCCAGUAUGACUUCGGCAAGUACGAGGAUAGUGGCUUCGCGCGGAAAGGGGUACUAAACAAACCACCGCGCGUCUUAUUGAGCGCUAUCCACUCGCUAGAG